UAGAGCAGAUAACAAACAGCAGACAGCAGAUAGACACAGAGGUGGACAAAAAACCCAAAGAAAAGAAUGAAGAAUUAAUAAAAAAAAAAAGAAAUUAAGGGAAGCAGAAUAAUCUGACAGGAAGACAGAUUCCAUAUUUUUACCAGCGUUGGGAUGACUGGAGCAGGUGGUCGUGUGCUGGCAGUGGUGGUGCUGAUGUGUGCGUGUCUCUUGGCUCCCUCUGAGGCCGCAGGGGGGGCAGUGAGUCGACCAAGACCUCAAAGACGACCUCCUAAAAAGCCAAAGGUCAACCCCAUUGACCUGACCCCUCCUUCUCAGAAUAUAGACAUACAACAGAUGACAGGAACAUGGUACCUCCUUAACGUUGGGUCCAAAUGCUCUUUCCUGAUAAAUCAUGGCACCAAGGUGGAGCCGACCGUCAUGACGCUCACGCGCCCUGCUGCCUCCGACCAAACGCUCUCUGUUAGCACCAAAACUCGACAUAACCAUCAGUGUUGGGAGAUAUUGCAAGUGUACCAUCUCACAUCAACCCCGGGAAAAUUAAUACUUAAAGGAGCCCGUCCUGAACUGAACACUGAAAUAGUGAUCGGGGACACGGACUACACCUCCUACGCUGUCCUUUACUACCAGAAAAAGGGCAAGAUGUCAGUGAAACUCUAUAGCAGGACCGUGGACGAUCUCUCCGAGCCAAUGCUAGCCAAGUUUGAGCAGCUUGCUGAAAAACAUGGCUUUGGGCUGGCCCACCUCUUCCCCUUCCCAACCUACAGUCAUUGUGGUACAGUGGACCAGGAUCAUAUAAUCGACUGCGUCCCCACAUGCUGAGGAGAUAGAGCUCCGACGUCCAUCCAAGAAAGAUGAUGCUUUAAAAUGCUACUAGCAGAUAAAUAAAAUGAGAUGAAUUGAAGUCAUAUGUUGUGAGUUUUGU